AUGAUCAGUUCAUACCCUACAACCGCCGGCACCACCACUAUCACCACCGUUGACUGCCAUAAACAAGUCCGAUCGUGGAGGCUCCUCCGCUCUCUAGUGGAGCUACUCAUCCCCACUUGCAACUGCACUUUCAUUGAUAACGACGAAGAAAACUACAAGAAUAUUCCCUCCAACUUCAAAUACAAUCACCGUCAUCAGUCAUCACUAUCAUCAAUAUCCUCCGUUAUGACAGGGACAAUCUUUGGCUAUCGCCGAGGAAAAGUCAGCUUUUGUAUACAAACAAACCCUAAAUCAACCACCCCGAUUAUCCUCCUUGAACUUGCUGUCUCCACUUCUACUCUCGCCAGGGAAAUGCAAGGAGGUAUUGUGAGAAUUGCUUUGGAGAGUGGUAAUUAUGGUGGAAAUCAAUCCAUUUUGAGAAUGUAUUGUAAUGGGAAAAAAGUAGGAUUUGCUGUGAAAAGAAAACCUACAAAAAGUGAUUUACAAGUAUUGGGACAAAUAGAAUUAGUAAAUAUUGGAGCAGGGAUUAUUCAUGGGAAAAAGAAUACUAAUUGUGAUGAUGAUAUUAUGUAUCUUAGAGGAAAAUUUGAGAGGGUCCAUGGAUCUUAUGAUAACUCAGAAUCAUUUCAUUUGAUUGACCCUGAAGGAAGUAUGGGCCAAGAAUUAAGUAUUUUCCUUCUAUCCUCUCGUUGCUGA